AUGGAGCGCGUGCAGGAAAUUGUCGCUGACAAGCUCAGCGUGGAUGAGUCCGAAGUGGUGGCAGGAGCGUCUUUCAUGGAGGACCUGAACGCCGACUCGCUCGACCUGGUGGAGCUUAUCAUGGCGUUCGAGGAAGAGUUCAGCGAUGGAGCUACGACCAUCGAGAUCUCGGACGAGGAUGCUGAGGGCAUCACUACGGUGCAGCUGGCGAUCGACUACCUGAGAGCAAACGGCGUAAGCGACGACUAG